CUAAACCCCCAAAAUAUUCAAUUAGAAAAAAAUAAAAAAAUCAGAUAGCAAUCAAGUGGGGCCCUUGUCUUGCUGGUAUUUCCUUUUCUUUGUAAUUUGUUUUCUUCCUCUCAUUUUCUCAAAUGCAAUCACUCAUCCUCUUUAAAAUGCACCAAUACUAGCUCGCUCGCUCCCUCUCUCUCUCUCUCUCUCUCUCUCUCUGUCUCUUCUCCUCUGCUCUCUCUCUCCAACUUGAUCAUUAACGCAGAGCUGUGCUUGCAAUCUUGAUUUUGGAUUCUUGAAUAGAUUAUAGAGAAAAGAAAAGAAAAGGUGUCACUGAUUAAAAUAAGAAAAAAGAAAAAGAUCGGUCUCUUUUUUGUUUGUCUGUCAGCGUUUAAAAAUGGAAGCUAAUGAGAUUUGGCAUUGUUAUUUACGUUCCACAGAUUUAAUCUCCACUUUACUCCUUUCCAUUUCUUUAUGAUUUCUCAUAAUUUUUAGCUUUCGACAACUUUUAUUUUUUUGUUUUCUAUUCUUUUGAGGUUUGGAAAAGUUGUAGUCUUUUUUCUCCUGCGAUUUGCAGCAGCUAGCUGUUGAUGGACUUGCCAAAACCAGCUUAAUUUUAGUUCCCAAAUAUUGAAUUUUGGAGGAAUGCUGAGGAAUAGAUCUAGAGCAGUAACAAGCAAACAAGCCCUAAUGUCGGAUCAAACUCCAUUAUUCCUCUCUCCCACCAAGAAUUCCUGCUCGCCCAUCUCAUAUUUCUUGAAUUCCCCAAGAUUCUUCAAUGGCUUCCUCUCAAAAUCCGUUUUUGACUCAGAAACCAUGAGCCCCACCUCCAUUCUCGACUACAAAAACUCCGCGAAUUCCCUAAACCCCUUCACCUGCGACACAGCUCCGCCGCCCAAUCCCCACCACGACUUCGCCGCGGCCAACAAAUCGAUCGGGCUCGCCCUAAUUGACUCGAUCGCCGACGAUUGGAGCGGCGGCGACUGCAGAUUCUCGAAGCCGAUUAAUCGGCUGGCGUUGUUCGGAUCGAAGCUGAAGGUCCAGAUUCCUGAGAUUAGCAGCUCAAUUUCGACGGCGGAUGAUCAAUCGCCGGGCGAUUUCGGGAUCAAGACGCGGAGCUCGCAGCUCUCGAGUCCGUUUGGCGGCGGCGGCGGCGGAAAGGAUUUGGCGCGGCAGCUGUCGCUGAAGGAGAUGGAGAUGUCGGAGGAUUACACGUGCGUCAUCAAACACGGCCCCAACCCCAAAACCCGACAUAUCUACGAUGACUGCAUUUUAGAUGAUGAUGAUGUUUCUCCGCCCCAAAUCCAAGAAUCGCACCAUUUCUUGAGCUUUUGUCACGCUUGCAAAGCUGUUCUUCAACAGGAUAAAGACAUUUACAUGUACAGGGGUGAGAAAGCAUUUUGUAGCCAAGAAUGCCGCUGCCAAGAAAUGAUUUUUGAGGGGAUGGAGAAUCCAGGGACGUUUUAGGGAUUUUCGCUAAAGCUAGCAGAAGUUGAUGUGAAGAAUUUUUGGGAGCAUUUUUGGUUUUCUGAAUCUUUUUUUUCUUGAAUCCCUUCUCCCCCUUUGCAUAUAUACAGAUAAAUGGGAGGUAGAAAUCAUUGCAAAAAACGUUGGAACCUAUGACACAUUUGAUGAAUGAUUUUUGUCAUUUGAAACAGGUAUUGUUUCCUUUUUGAACAAAA